CGCACAUCAAUCCGCUUGCAUUCCGCCCACCCACACCACUUCCUCAGCCAAGACUCCGAGUCGGGUCUCCCAACGCGGCCAGAUAUAAUUAGCCCGAGGCCACCCCACGUUUUUUGGCAACAUCGUCGAUAUUUAUUUCGUAGCGCCCCAACUUUGAACCUGAACACCCUCUCGGCCUUCAACUUAUUUCACGUUUUACAACUGUCGCCGCUAUGGAGUUCGCAAUAAAAGAGACGAGCAGCCCCGCUGCCGUCCAGACCGCCCCCGUGCCGCCUUUCUACAUUAAGCCCGCUUCUCAGUUCGGACCGAGGGAACGGCAGUGCUGCCAGUGCGGGACAAGGACAACCACGCCCUCGACGGCCGCCGCGUCGGUCCAGACGUCGCGGUCGUGCGAGUGCGACCACCAGUUCUGCAACGAGUGCCUCCGGCGCGACGGCCGGCGCCGGACCGUGAUCCCCCACUCGUUCCCCGUCGACUGGGUCUGCAGUACGUGCGGCGACACGCACUCGGUGCUCGAGAUAUUGACGGCCACCGUGGUGUGCCACUGCGAGGCCCCGACGCUCCAGGCUGUAUACGACCAGUUCGGCAACAUCUUCCUCUACUGGCGCGACGACCCCGCCGUCUACGACCUGUCGCACCCGUCCAAGGUCCAGGAGGCUGCGUGGCGCGUCUGGGAGGCCGGCAGCGCGCCCUGGCUACCCUACGUCGUCGCGGCGGAGAAGGCCGCGAAGGCUCGCGAGCUCGGCAGCAGAGGCUUUAACCGCUUGUCGUGAGUAUUCCCUCCACAUAACCACCUGAUUGCCCAAUUACCCGGCCAACUGCUGGUUCCCGCAUCCCCGACGAUGGCAUGUAACAUCGGCUAACUUUCCAU